UACUUUCAUAUAAAUUGCAAACAUGUUAAAAUACUUCUCCCAAAGAACACGUAUUCCAAAAAAAUGACCAUUUAUAACCAUUACGUCACAUAAAAUGCAAAAAUGUGUUCUAAUGCAAAUGAAUGGUUCUGCAUUAUGUCUCUAUGAAAGUCCUUUAUCACACAGAGGAAAAGCUGUUUUAUUUAUCAACGAUUGCCCAAAACAGCAAGAAAGAUAGUGAGUCACAGCCUCACUAUUAAAUGCAGAUUGAUCUAUUUUAAUAUACCUUGCUGAUUAAAUACAUUACAUUUUAGCUUUCAUAGGGUGGUCCUGUGAGCAAGAGUCACACCUAUAUUUCUUGACUUUCUUGUGAUUUUUGUCUGCACCUUGACUCCUAUUGCUGCAAGCUACAAAUCUGGAAGAAGGCAAUGCAACCUGAGAACAGCAGCGUUGUUCAAGAUGAUAAUGGAAAGGAAGCAGGAGAAAUUAAUUCUGAUGGAGAAUCUCAGGGAUGUGGCAGCAACGAUUCAUUUCUAGAUUCCAUCUUUGAAGAAGAGUUGGAUCGACUUUUGGACCUAGAUGAGAAUGAAGACCUUCCUUAUCUGACGGAACCUUCAGAGGCUAUGGAGGGGGAUGAUUCCCCUCCCAAUGGAACAGAAGUUACAGAAACUAGAAGGGGAGAUGACUUCACUCCCAACAGGACAGAAGUUACAGAGACUAUAGAGGAGGAUGAAUACCGUCCAGAUGGGACAGAAGUUACAGAGACUAGAGGGGGAGAUGACUCUCUUCCAAUUAUGACACGGCUCAGGGUAAGGGGCAUCUCCUCUCGCCCUAAGAGAGAACUUUCAGAGUCAAGUGAGGAAGAUGGAGAAGACCUUCCCCCUGAUACAGAAGUCAUCGAGAGCAGGGCUUUAAAAAGAACAAAACUCAUCUCAAGCCCCAAAGCAGCACCGCAAAGGAAGGCCAGGCCUCCAUCCUCUCCUCCCUGGACACCCAGCCCUGCCAAAUCCAAAAACAGAGCUCAUGCAGCCACACCUCUUUUCAGUGGGUCAGAGAGGAAGUGGAGGACUGAGGAUGAACCAGACCAAGAGCAUAAACGGUUACCUUUCGAACCAGCUAGGACUCCUGGACCCCAGCUAGACACUUCAAAGCACUACACUGUUCUAGAGCUCUUCCAGCUCUUCUUCAGUAAUGCUGUUGUUGAUACUCUUUGCUCAAACACCAACAAGAAUGCCAAGAGAAGACAGGAACAUGGAAUCAAAGAACCAUGGAAACCUGUGUCUGUGGAGGAAAUGUACAAAUACCUCAGCAUUGUAAUCUAUAUGGGUCUGCUGAAUGUGCACACUGUAUCAGACUACUGGAAUCGAAACAGAAUAUAUUGUCUUCCUUUUUGUUGUACAGUCAUGACUAUGACAAGAUUUCGGGCAAUCACCUAUUCACUGCACAUGAGUGACCCAGCAGAAGAUGAGGAAAACGACAAGAAGAAGGGGACUGCGGGGUAUGAUUGGCUCGUGAGAAUCAAACCUCUCAAAGACCAGAUAUUGGCGGCAUGCAGAGCCUUCUACCACCCAUUCCAGAACCUUUCCAUUGAUGAGCGCAUGGUGCGCUCCAAGGCCCGCCACAGCCUCAAACAAUACAUUAAAUCCAAGCCCUACAGGUAUGGAUUCAAGCUGUAUGUUUUAGCAGAUUCAAGAAAUGGCUACACCUGCGACUUCAAUGUCUUUAUGAGCAAGAACCCAUCUGCUUCAGGCAAAGGGGAGAGCUAUGAUGUUGCCAUGAACCUGUUGAAGGUGCCUUACUUGGGCACUGGGUACCACAUUUAUGUUGAUAACUUCUUCACCAGCACAACUUUCUUCCGUGACCUGUACAAAAAGAAAUUGGGAGCAUGUGGAACCAUACGUGAAAUCCGUGUGGGCAUCCGAGAAAACAGCAUGCCUGCUCGAGCAGAGAAAGGAACCAUCCGCUGGCUCCGUGAUGGGGAGCUGCUCUUCACCAAGUGGAUGGGCGCACAACCAGUCACCAUGUGUACCACCAUUCAUAAGGCAUUCGCAGGGGAGCAGGUCAAAAUCAGGAAACAGAGCAAAAAUGGAUCCUGGACAACAGAGUUCAUACCCGUCCCAGAGGCAAUCAAGCCGUACAACAAGUAUAUGGGGGGUGUGGACCUGUCUGAUUCCCUUAUCAAAUGCUACAGUGUGGCCCACAAAACCAUGAAGUGGUACAAGACCUUCUUCUUCCACUUUGUAGACAUUGCUGUGGUGAACAGCUUCCUCCUGCAGAAGGACAUGGCCCAGAUGAACAAGAAAAAGCCCAUGACCCACAAGCAGUUCAGGGAGCAGCUGUGCCUGCAGCUUGCUGACAUUAGUAAGCAGGAUGAGGCUGAAGAAGAGUCUUCAGAGGAGGAGGAGGAGGAGGAGGAGGAGGAAGAACAACCAGAAGAAGAGAAGGAAUUGGUGGAAGUGAAGCGACCAUGCUACCCUGUACCCAUAAUUGAUCCAACCACUGUUGACUCCUCGCAAAGAAAAUCUAGUGGCAGGAAGAAAUGUUGUCUGUGCAAGGAAAGCCAGACCAACUGGCAGUGUGAGUCCUGUCAGGUAGCACUCUGUAUGAUACCAGACAGAAACUGCUUCAGAGUUUGGCACAUGAAUAAAAAGGAUCUCGUAGCAGAAGUUUUCAAGAGGCAUAUAAAGUACAACCCAUACCCUACCCAUCCUUGGAUGGAAUAUGGGGGGAAAAAAAUUGAAUUUAAGUCUCAAAAACAGGCUCAGAGUUUCAUUAAACGUCAUUUUGGCUUGAGGAACAACAGGAAGUAAAGCUAUUUUGCUGUCCUGUGCGCACUAAUGAUCCUACCACUAUUGACAUCUCUCAAAGAGAAACCGUGGGCAGGAAGAACUGUUGUCUGUGCAAGACCACUGUGAGUCCUGUCAGGCGCCGCUCUGUAUGGUAGAAGACAGGAACUGCUUCUGGUUCUGAGUGUGGCAGAGGGAUCAAUAGAAUGUCUCUGGCACAACUUUUCAGUUGCAUUGAUAAUACCAGUGGUCUCAAGUGGGAUGAUGAUGAUGGUAAUGAUUAUUAUUAUGGUUAGGCCUAUUAUUUGUAUUGUUUUAUUAUUUUAGUUUAUUCUAUUAAUAUUUGUGCCCAUGAAUGAUCCCAGUACUCUUAAAAUCUCUCACAGAUGUACUGUACACAUGAAGUGUCAUUUGUGCAAUGAUUAUUUAGAUGAUUUUGCAGAGUUAGUCUUGCCAGAAACUGCUUCAAAAUAUGGAAUGUGAUUAAAGACAAUGAACAGA